CGGCCCGAGGCGGCGGCGAGCCCGGAACGGCCGGGCCCCACCGAAAGGAGGCGCCCGCGCAAGGGCAGCGCUUGAACCUCUCUCCAGUUGGCAGAGCAGGAAAAGGAGAAGGAAGGGGCCGGGCUGGGUCCCCGCUCCUCGCGCUCCGGAUGGAUGCGCCCGGCCCGGUGUCCCGGCGGGCGGCGGCGGCCACCAUGCUGCUGCGCGCGGCUCGGGUCCCUCGCGAGUGCUGGUUCUUGCCCACCGCGCUGCUCUGCGCUUACGGCUUCUUCGCCAGCCUCAGGCCGUCCGAGCCCUUCCUGACCCCCUACCUGCUGGGGCCCGACAAGAACCUGACCAAGAGGGAGGUCUUCAAUGAAAUUUAUCCAGUAUGGACUUACUCUUACCUGGUGCUGCUGUUUCCUGUGUUCCUUGCCACAGACUACCUCCGUUAUAAACCUGUUAUUCUGCUGCAGGGACUCAGCCUUAUUGUUACAUGGUUCAUGCUGCUCUAUGCCCAGGGACUGCUGGCCGUUCAGUUCUUGGAAUUUUUCUAUGGCGUCGCCACAGCCACUGAAAUUGCCUAUUACUCUUAUAUCUACAGUGUGGUAGACCUCCGCAUGUACCAGAAAGUCACAAGUUACUGUCGAAGUGCCACCUUGGUAGGCUUCACAGUAGGCUCUAUCCUAGGGCAAAUCCUUGUCUCAGUGGCAGUCUGGUCCCUGUUUAGCCUGAACGUCAUCUCUCUUACCUGUGUUUCUGUGGCCUUUGCUGUGGCCUGGUUUCUGCCUAUGCCCCAGAAGAGCCUUUUCUUCCACCAUGUUCCUUCCACCUGCCAGGGAAUGAAUGGCAUCAAGGUACAAAAUGGCGGCAUGGUUACCGACACCUCAGCUUCUAACCACCUUCCUGGGUGGGAGGACAUUGAGUCCAAAAUCCCUCUAAAUAUGGAAGAGCGUCCCGUGGAGGAACUGGAAUCCAAGCCAGACCGUCUCCUGGUGCUGAGGGUACUGUGGAAUGACUUCUUGAUGUGCUACUCCUCGCGCCCUCUGCUCUGCUGGUCUGUGUGGUGGGCCCUCUCCACAUGUGGCUAUUUUCAAGUCAUUAACUACACUCAAGGCCUGUGGGAGGUGGUGUUGCCUUCUCGCGAUGCUGCUAUCUAUAAUGGUGGUGUGGAGGCCGUUUCAACCUUACUGGGUGCUGUUGCCGUGUUUGCAGUUGGUUACAUAAAAAUAUCCUGGUCAACUUGGGGAGAAAUGACGCUGUCUCUGUUUUCUCUCCUGAUUGCUGCCACAGUGUAUAUCAUGGACACUGCGGGGAACAUCUGGGUGUGCUACACAUCCUAUGUGGUCUUCAGAAUCAUCUACAUGUUACUCAUCACUAUAGCAACUUUUCAGAUUGCUGCAAACCUCAGCAUGGAGCGCUAUGCCCUGGUGUUUGGUGUAAACACCUUCAUUGCUCUGGCACUGCAGACUCUGCUCACUCUAAUUGUGGUAGAUGCCAGUGGCCUUGGCUUAGAAAUUACCACUCAGUUCCUGAUCUACGCUGGUUAUUUUGCACUCAUCGCUGUGGUUUUCCUGGCUAAUGGUGCAGUCAGUAUUAUGAAGAAAUAUAGAAAGCAGGAAGAUCCAGAAUCAAGUUCUCAAGUAACCACUUCAUAAUAUACUGCUGAUGAGCUGCUUCUUAUAGCAAGAACUCUGCACAGCAACUGUGCCUGGAUGUAUUUAAUUUUUUUCAGAUGUAGACAUAUAUUUAUGAAUGUGCAUUUCAUGGCUUCAAAGCAGCCACUUGACUAUAUCUUAUGUUCCUGGAGUAACAUAAUAUGGUUCAGAGGAACCGGAAGUGAAGUUUAUUUUGUGGGUAAUUUAUGAGAGCUAAUUUAAGUCUAACGUUUUUCUGAUUCAGAGAUGAACUUGAUUUUGAAAAACAAGUAAUCAUGAGCAAUCAAGCAGUACAUGGUGUUAUAUAUAUGAGAACAAGUGAGUUUGAUGUUUCAUAGGUCAGACAAUUCUCUAUCUGCUUAGCCAGAAGCUUGGCCUGGUGGGACCAAGGCUUCACAGGGGUCACAAGUCAGGAUAGAAAUAUAUUGGGUUUUUUUUUUGGUGAGGAAGAGUGGCCCUGAGCUACCACCUGUUGCCAAUCUUCCUCUUUUUGCUUGAGGAAGAUUGGCCCUGAGCUAACAUCUGUGUCAGUCUUCCUCUACUUUGUAUGUGGGACGCCGCCACAGCAUGGCUUGAUGAGCGGUGUGUAGGUCCACACCCGGCAUGCGAACCCUGGGCCACCGCAGCGGAGCGCACGAACUUAACCACUACGCCACCGGGUUGGCCCAACUUAAUUCUUAUUUCUCUGUUACUCAUGUGCAUUUGUGUUUCUACACAUGAAAGUUGUUCCUAUCACUGGCUAUAUUUGCUCUGGUUUGGUGUUCUGUCCUAUAAGGAGUGUGUGUCAUUUCUAAUAAGUUAUUUUUUAAAAAUUCAUUGUAUGAAUGUUCUCAGUUCCUAUCUUGACAAUUAUGUGUUUGUGUAGAUUUUCUUUAGAAGUACAUUUUUGCAUUAUUCAUAUGCUUCCCAGAGAAGCUCAUCUAGUUAGAAAAUAAGGCAAGUUUUGAAGCCUACUAAUAAUCUAAAUGAAGAGACCUAAUCAGAAAAUUUAAGAUAGGUUUCCUUGUCUUCUAUUCUUCAGUAUGAAGGACUAUUUAUUCCAUGAUGAAAAGUUAGUAUAUGGGCUAAAGACAGAACCAGCCCAUUUUGUAUUUGCAUUCCCUUUUAUUUCCAAAAUUAAAUGAAAAACUCUUUUUUUUAAAUAACUUCAUCCCCAUGUAUAGCUUUUAUAUUAUUCGUUCUUGUUGUCCAAGAUAAAAAUGUCAUCAGGAGUUGGAUUAUUCCAAAGCCUUUUUCACAAACUGAGCCUCUUUAAUUAUUUCACUGAUUAAUAAUGGGACAGGAACUAGGAUAGACUUGAUUCCUGCAUUUUGUACAUUAAAUCUGCCUUUGUUUCUAAGGGUGGAUCAUCUUGAAUAUUUGCUUAAAAUAAGAAUUGUUAACGAUUCCAUUUCCAAGUUACUUGAAAAAAUAUUAUUGUGUAUACAUUUAAUCCUGAAAUCAGCCUACCAAGUGGCUGCUAGAAUAUGUGAGACAUGAAAACGAUUUUAAAGCCAGCUUUGUUGCCUUAUCUUGAAAAGAAUCUAGGUAGCUGCUUUCAACUGGGUGUUAACUUUUUUAGAAUGACACAGCUAAACAGUGUGAAUAAUAGUGUCAAGACUGCAAAAUUGACAUAUUUCUUUGGUGUAAGCAGGAAUUGUAGAAGUAAAUGAAUCAGGAUAAGAAUAGGUCAUUUUCCAUUCGCCUUCCUUUCAGAUUAAGAGAGAGGAAAAGAACACUAGCUAAGGAAGGGAAGGGGCAGUGAUGUCAUAAAAGUAGCAGCCUCUAAUUUUAUAUUUUGCCUUUUUUUUUUUGCUACAUAGGGAAUUGUUCACUCAGAAACAAGUAGAAAAGUGGUGUUUGAAGUAUUUUAUUUAAUUUUUUUAAAUAAAAUGGAUAGUGGUACAAAUUGUUCACAUUACCAAAGUAAUAUUUCCCUGGAAUUUAAUUCGAAGACUGUGGCACACAACCAGAGCCUUUACUUAAGACAAUAAUAAGUUCACAAUUUGGUAUGUGGUCAUAUUUGUAGAAUACUAAACCCAAUUUAUAAGUUGUAUGCAGUUUUGCAAAGAAGUAUGGAAAUAAUUUGUACUUUUUAUUCAAUUCUGUAUAGAUUAUAAAAUUAUUUUUAUUAAAUAAA